GCCGGCAGCAGCAGGAGGAGGAGGAGGAAGAGGAGGAGGAGGAGGGUGCCUGCAGGGAGGGAGGAGGAGGAGGAGGAAGGGGGCACUUCGCAGCCCCGCCGGCGCGGCUGGGACUCGGGGCCGGGGCCGGCCGCUGACAUCACGCGCUGGAGCCGCUGCAGAGGGAGGCGGAAAAUGGCCGCGGCGAGGUACCGGGGGUGGUGGGGGGGCGGCUUCACACCGGCUUGGUUUCACCUCGGCUUCGCCCCGGCUUCAGCCCGGCCCUCGGUGGGGAGAGGGGAGCCCCCGGCCCUCCUCCGUGAGGGGAAGGAGCCGCCACGAACAGGUGAUGGCGUGCUGAGGGCUCUCUGUGCCGGGUUUCCCCGCGGGCUGGCUGCGAGGUGCCCCCCGGUGAGGCGCUGGGGUCUCUGGAUAUCCCUCUGCUUGGGGCUGGGGUUUCGGCAGCAGGCCCCUCGGUGUCCCCCUAACCCUCCUUCUUCCCCGGGGGGACCCCCCGAGUCGUCCCCCCUUGCCCCCGCCGGCUUUCGGAGGAAGACGGGGUCCCCGCCGUCGCGCUGCUCCCUGAAAAAAAAAUGAAAAAAAAUAAAAUUUUUACACGCUGAAAGCAUUUCCGGGGAAUGUUCCGCACUACGACGGUGCAAAUAAUAAUAAUAAUAAUAAUAAAAAGUUAGGAUUGAUUUGUGGCAAAAUCCAUGCACCUUUCGUGCCUCUUGGAUGGGAGCACGGGAGGAACGGAUCUGAAGCUCGACAGAAAUAAUAAAAAUCUCUGUGUAAACAUUGGGAUAACAUUGGGAUGUUUUUGCUUUAUAGGAUGGCUGUAAAACAUACAUGGAAGCAUAUGGGAUAACAUUGGGAUGUUUCUGCUUUAUAGGACAUCCAUAAAACAUGUAUGGAAGCAUAUAUCAGAAUUUAAAUUGCAAAAUACGCAAGCAGGAAGGACAGGGAGAGAGGGGUGCGCAUCUGUGGUAGCUUAAAUAAGAAUGGGAAAUGAAUGAUCUGUGUAUUGCUAAAUUUCACUUAUCGCUGAAGGAAUAUCACUGACUCGUUUACCCUUAAUGUCACGAAAGACUUUUUGGGGGGCAGAUUCCCUUGAUACCAGCUCUGGUGGCUACUUUAAGAAAGAAACAAAACAGCCUUGUUUUUAGGUCUGCAAUGUUUUAUUCCAGGAAUCUUGUCCCAUUUUAUAGCAUACAUCGACAUAUUGAGACGAAACAGUCUGUCAUCUGACUUGGUAGCAUGGGAAGUUGCUAUAUGGCAGCUUUUGAUUUAAAGCUUUCCUUCACUACCCAGGAGCUGACAAAUGCUGUGAGGUUGUGUUUUGUCAUGUGAUGCGAUACUGAAAUCUCCUAAUACCGCAGUACACUGCAGUAAAAUGGUUUUAAUGCAGAUUACCUGGAGAUUAUUAAACCGCUUCGUGUCACCUCGCUGUAACAUGAAGUGAAUCAGAGUGAUCUUCCCAGCAACACGGAGCCUUGCUGCAGUGUUUCACUGCAGUCUAUUGCAGGGACAAGAAACUUUUCAGCACCUUUCGCUCUGCACCGAAUUAUAUUAUUUCGUAAGGGGGUAUUCCAGGAAACAUAGCAUAGAACUGGCUGCAUAGUAAACUGCAGAGAACUCGGGGAAUUUUCUGCAGAAUUCACGUUUUCUAUGCAGUUAUCCAAGAACAACGUUUAGACUAAUGACAGAUCUCUAAUUAGUCACCCUGCUUGUUUAAGGUUUACAGCUUUUCCUUUCUGAGACUUAAGGCGCACUGGUGUCCGGAGGAUAAAAUUUUGCCAAAAGGCUAUGAUAAAUUACUUGACAACAGCUUAAUUUUUUUCAGAUUCUGAAGAGAAUACAGUUUAGUACAAGAAAUGCUGACGUGAUUUUUUCAGAGAGCCACUGCUCUAGGCUUCUGAGUCAACAGUCUCAUGCAAAUGAAACUGCUGCUAUGCUUUUCUUUAUGCUCAUUGCUACUCUUUUUUUUUAUAAAUGCUGUGGGUAUGGGCAGUGUGGUUAAAAUGUUACUUCAAUGGUGAAUACAGUUUAAGUAGAUUAAGUGAUUUCAUGUUAAAAAUAAGCAAACAGUAUGCAGCUAGCUUAUUCCAAAUAGUAAUAAAGAGAAAUUACAGUAAGUUUUAUAUGUACGGUGUGUUUUUUAAUAUAAGCUUCUUUAUAGAAUGUUUUUCAGGGAACUUUUUAUAAAUCUUAAGAAUGAGAAACAGAGAAGAGAAAAGGAAUGAAGAGAAAAGGUGAAUAGAAAGCCAUCAGCUCUCAGCUGAGAUUUGACCUCAGAAGGAGAAUCCCGGAGGUGAAUAGGAAGCUAUUUCGGAGAAGAGGAAGUGAAAGAAGAGAUGUGAGAAGAUGGGAGGUAGCAUCCUGUGGACGCCUGUUUUGAUAGGGCUCAAGGAGCAGCUGAGCAGCCACAAAGUCACGAGCACAGCUGCAGUUUGCAGCAGGCAGCUUGGAAGAAACCUUUCAUAUGAGCAGCACUGAGGGAGGAAGCAGCGAUACAUGCUUGGGCAGCAGAGGCUCCACAAAGAGGUUGUGUCUGUGUGACAAGAAAACCAUUUAACAAUGAAAAAAUUCACACUGUUUGAUUUUGUAAAUGACAACUCGCUCCAAAUUGGAGAGACUUCGUGGAUUCAGGAUCUUCCCAGUGAUGACAGUGAACUGGAAAGACUUCUGAAACGAAAUGAGCACGUGCUAGUAAACUGGCCUGUGGGAGAAAGAAAGACAGAAAAGCACCUAGUAAAAGUUGUGUACAUGAGUGAUGACCCCCAAGAGUUGGUGGAAAUGAUGCAAAAGAUAUUACAAGCAGAUGAAAUUACAAAAAUACAAGUCGUUGGAAAAGGCAAGAGGAAGAGAAUAGAAAUGAUAUUCUCAGAAAGUGAAGAUAGUGACCUGGAUAAAGAACAGGAGAAGAUGAUGAAGCAUAUGAAAAGAAAGAAAUCAUUUCAGGCAUCUGCCCCUGCCAACAUCCUCAGUCAACUUGAAACAUCUUUAAUUAACAAACAGAGAGAACCAUAUUCAGGAAGCAACUUUCUGUACAGUGAAAGUAGCAGUGAUGAUGAAGAGCCUUUAUUUCAACUAUCCAAGGUAGAACUGUGUGCCAAAAUAAAAAGUCUCAAGAGGAAGCUGACAGACACCAUGAGAGAAAACUGCCGCCUAAGGCAGUCCCUGGUAAUGCUUCAAGUGUUGCCACAGGCAGUCACCCAUUUUGAGGAACUGGUAGGAAUGGCUGAAGCACUGCUCAAAGGGGGAGUGACAACAUCUACAUCUAGUCUUCAUUCACAUGCUGUUUGGAAAGCGUCUAACAGCUCUCUAGCAGAUACAUAUGCAGCUAUGCAUAGUAACUCCAGCUCACCAAUAACUUUGAAUGGAGAAGAUGAGGAACAACAGACUGAAAAACAGUUCAAGAUCGAAAAGUGGCAGAUUGCACUUUGUAACAAGAGCAAACCUCAAAAGUUUAUAAAUGACUUGAUGCAAGCACUUUACACACAUGAGUACAUGGCUACGCACAGCCUGACAGGUGCAAAAUCCUCCUCUUCAAAGGAUAAAGCAGCGAAACCAGCUAUGAAUCAGAAUGAAGUUCAGGAAAUCAUAGGCAUCACAAAACAGUUGUUUCCAAACACAGAUGAUGCUUUAAUUAGGCGAAUGAUGGGACAGAAACUGAACAAUUGCACCAAGAAGCCAAUUUUAGGCAAAGAUCUUAACUCAGGUGCUUUUCAGAAGCAUGGCUUUUGUGGUUCAACAGCUGCUCCUCAGGGCAUCAUCCCUUCAGCUGUUACACCCCGCACCCAAGACCAGCAGGAUGAUGAUUCACCAGCUGCUACUGCACAAAUUCAGCAAAGCCACAGCCGUCUGACUCCACCACCUCCCAGCACACAAGGUCAGCAGGAGUGUUCCAAAUCCACUUCUUCUAAGGUGGAGUCUCAUCUCUCCAGCAGCUCACCAGCGCCCUCUGCCAACCAGGGUUGCAGACAGGACCUCAGGAAUUCAGAUAAGGAGUAACAGGAUGUGCUUCGUACCAGUUCUUCGAUGGAGACGAAGGAGUAGUACAAAAUUAAAAUGAAAUAAUAUUUAUGGGGCCUAGCAACAGUGAACAGAGGUACUGCAAGAAGAAUAGAAGCCUGGGAACCUUUUUCUCAAAUGAGUGAAAAUCCCACAGCAUAGAAAAAAAUGAAGGCAUAUUAAUAUCUUUGUCUUUAAGAUAUUACUAAAUAUAUGCAUGUUAUACUGUAUUUCAGAAAAUAUAAACUUGAUCCAAAGAAUACAAGAAGAGUUCCCCUUAGUUAGAAAAACACUAUAUUAUUUAAAGUAACACCAAAAGAAUUUAUAAGAGGAACCUUAAUUCCCUUGCUUUCACCUUGACAGCUGAUGGCAAACUGCUUUACCCGUUAGAGAAAGCUAUUGCAUACUAAUACAAAAGAGCUACAGAGAUAUAAAAACAGCAGAAAAAAAAACCUAGUGAAUGAAAACUACGACCAGCACAGGGUUGGAAAACACAGGGCCACGUGAACAGAGAAGUAGUAGUACAAUAGGUAUUUAAGGAUGCUGUUAACUUAAAAAGAAGAAAAUGUUUUCAGGGCAGUGAAACUGCGCCUCCCAAGAUGUCUGCAAGAAAGAAGCAGCUCCUUUUUAACCUCCAGAAGGUGGAAAGACAAUGAAAAAAGGCACGUUCCUUCUUAGCUCAGGGAAGAGUCCUCCAGGAUAGCCUGUGGAGGCCAUGGCUUCUCUCCCAGACCUUUUGCUGCUACUCUGGUUUGGCAGCUGUCGCUCUCUUCCCUGAACAUCAGGUCCUGAGGUUAAGGGUGACAGAUCCCUCCAGUCAAGGGAUGGAGGAUUAUCUCUUGGAAGCAACUAGUAAGGGACAGAGGUGCCAGCUCCUGCUCCCUCUGCUUAGAUUUUGGUAUGCUGCGGUUUGGUUAGACAGUGGGUGGAUGGGCAGAGCAUUCCUCGUGGGGUUGGUACCAGAAAUCCCCCAGCAGCUGGGCAAUUUCUCUUGAGCUCUCUGACACCACUUGUUCCAGGGGCACAACUGGAAGUCAUGCACCCUGUAAUUGCCUGUGGAGGAGGAGUGGUACUUUUUUCCUCCUUGUUGACUGAUUCCAGUUUUACAGUGUCCUGUUAGCAUGGGAAGGAGAGAACACUCGGAUUAUAGCUUUCACGCUUGGGGAUAUUUCUCCCAGAACAGAGAGUACUAACAGUUAAAUCUAUUUCGUACUUGGCAAACAAGCAACUAAUGAAUCAAGAUGGAGGGGAAAAAAAAAAACAACUUGAUUUGAGGAGGAUUUCUAGAAUUAGAAAUAGGGUAAAUGCCAGUAAAAAAAAAUCUGAAGACAAGUUUUGCAGCUGAAUACUUCUGAAGGGAAGUGCUGCGAACUACCUUUAUUAGAAUAAUGCACUAAUCAAAUGCACUGUAGAGAAGACUUCUGGAUGGGAUGGGGUAUGACUGAAGAGAUCUGCUAGCCUUUUUCAUCUCUCAUGUCCAUCAGUUCAUUGUAGAUAGGAUUAAGAUGAAAGCAGGUAUGACAAUAUGAUGUAAGUUCUAUCUCACGUUAUUAACUAUCAUCCAUAAAAUGUAACAGGAGGGUGUUUGCUAUUAUGUAUAUUUUGUAUAUGUACCUGUAUGUACAGCAUAUAAGGAUGUAUAUAGUUAAUCAUAUUUUUGAAGCAACUUUCUAUCAAAUAAAAUGAAAUAUUAC